AUGGCGGCGAUCCGCAAGAAGCUGGUGGUGGUGGGCGACGGGGCGUGCGGGAAGACCUGCCUGCUGAUCGUCUUCAGCAAAGACGAGUUCCCGGAAGUCUACGUGCCCACCGUCUUCGAGAACUACGUGGCUGACAUCGAGGUGGACGGCAAGCAGGUGGAGUUGGCGCUUUGGGACACGGCCGGCCAGGAAGACUACGACCGCUUGCGUCCUCUCUCCUACCCGGACACCGACGUGAUCCUCAUGUGCUUCUCGGUGGACAGCCCCGACUCCCUGGAGAACAUCCCGGAGAAAUGGGUGCCCGAGGUCAAGCACUUCUGCCCCAACGUGCCCAUCAUCUUGGUGGCCAACAAGAAAGAUUUGCGCAACGACGAGCACGUUCGCAACGAGCUGGCGCGCAUGAAGCAGGAGCCCGUCCGCACCGAGGACGGCCGGGCCAUGGCCAUCCGCAUCCAAGCCUACGAUUACCUCGAGUGCUCGGCCAAGACCAAGGAAGGCGUGCGGGAGGUGUUUGAGACGGCUACGCGAGCGGCUUUGCAGAAGCGCUACGGCACCCAGAACGGUUGCAUCAAUUGCUGCAAAGUGCUAUAA